AUGACGUUACACAAAGUGAAAUUGCCCGGACUACGGUACCUUACCUUUGGGAAUUCAUUCGGAAGUUUGGAGCGAGUCAUUCUGCCAAGCAACCUGAAAUCACUCACAUUUGGUGAAAAGUUCUGCCGAAGCUUGGACAACGUGACACUGCCAAGAAGCCUCGAGAGGUUGUCGUUCGGUCGGAUGUUCAACCAGAGUUUAGAGAAAGCCAAAUUGCCAUUUGGCCUCAAAGACCUUCGAUUCGGUUCUCAGUUCAAUCAGAGCUUGGAGAAAGUGACAUUGCCGAGUAGCCUGAAGAGCUUGACCUUUGGUUUCUCUUUCGACAAGAGCUUAGAGAAUGUCAAUCUGCCAAGUGGCCUGGAAUGA